AUGUUAUCUUCUAUAAAUUUAAUUGUUUUACAAAUUAUUUUCCUCUAUUACAUUUCUAAUUCCAACGUUACGGCCGUAGAUGAUAAUAGCACUAAAAGCUUGGAAUCAGCUGCAAGUUUUGGAAAUUGGGUGAGAGAUAAGACAGGCGAUGAACAAACUGUGAUCACCGAUGUUAGCGGUAGUAAUGUUGAAGAUGUCGAUAGAAAUGUUGAUCAUGAUGAAGGGUCAUUUAAAUUUCCCCUGCCAACAACGGAAGUCUCUGAUCAUGCUAAAUCGACUGAUAUUUUUAGUCAGUGGUUUGCAUUUCCGAAGUCAGAUAUGAUAGAAUCCAGCAAUCCUAUUGAGGAUGUAAAUAAAUGGAAAAGGGAUGGACAUUCGACGAGUAAUGAAUCCGACAGCGAGGUAAGAUUUAUUUUAACAAAUUUUCCUCUCGAUGUCGAAACCUACGAUUAUGGCUAUCUUUUAACUAUUAAAUUAACUCUAUAUUUAAAAUAUGAGGGAUGCUGUACUCUAGUAUAUGACCAAUAA